AUGCCAGCCGGUGAACUCUCUACAACUGCGAUAGUGCAGGAUGCCCUGGCCAAUGGCAAAGAAGUCUUUGUACCUUACAUACACAAUCUCGAGUUGUCGUCACAGCCAAAGACAUCAGUCAUGGAUAUGUUGCUGCUUGAGUCGAUGGAUGAGUUCAGAUCGCUCGAGCCGGACAAGUGGGGAAUUCCAUCGCUUUCGCAAGCAAGUGUGCUUAACAAGAGAAACUGCUUCGGGGGGAAGGGUGUCUCACCCCGGCCCGAAGAUUCUACGCAAGGACCCUACGGGUUGGACCUGAUUGUCAUGCCAGGAAUGGCGUUUGAUGAGGGAUUCAGAAGAUUGGGCCAUGGCAAAGGUUACUAUGAUCAUUUCCUGACAAGGUACUCCAAAGGUCCCGAGAGCACAACAACGGCACCGAAGCUGCCUCUACUAGUCGCGCUGGCUCUGAAAGAACAAGUCCUGGCUCCGACCGAAAAGAUCCCGGUUGCGGAUCACGACUGGCUAGUAGACGUCCUCAUGGUCGGCGAUGACCGGUGCCUCGUGCGCCAACGCUGA